UACCUGCAGCACCUCCUGCUCUGGGUGGAAAGCCUCGACUCGCUGCUGGGGGUCUUGCUCUUCGUCGUGGGCUUCAUCGUGGUGUCGUUCCCCUGCGGCUGGGGCUACAUCGUGCUCAACGUGGCCGCGGGCUACCUGUACGGCUUCGUGCUGGGCAUGGGACUUAUGGUGGUGGGCGUCCUCAUCGGCACCUUCAUCGCCCAUGUGGUCUGCAAGCGGCUCCUCACCUCCUGGGUGGCCGCCAGGAUCCAGAGCAGCGAGAAGCUGAGCGCCGUUAUUCGCGUGGUGGAGGGAGGAAGCGGCCUGAAAGUGGUGGCACUGGCCAGACUGACCCCCAUACCUUUUGGGCUUCAGAAUGCGGUGUUCUCGAUUACUGAUCUCUCCUUACCCAACUAUCUGAUGGCAUCUUCGGUUGGACUGCUUCCUACCCAGCUUCUGAAUUCUUACUUGGGUACCACCCUGCGGACAAUGGAAGAUGUCAUUGCAGAACAGAGUGUUAGUGGAUAUUUUGUGUUUUGUUUACAGAUUAUUAUAAGUAUAGGCCUCAUGUUUUACGUAGUUCACCGAGCUCAAGUGGAACUGAAUGCAGCUAUUGUAGCUUGUGAAAUGGAACUGAAAACCUCUCUGGUUCAAGGCAAUCAACCAAAUACCAGUGGCUCUUCAUUCUACAACAAGAGGACCCUAACAUUUUCCGGAGGUGGAAUCAAUAUUGUAUGA